AUGACGACGAGACGACGACGAUCGCAGCUCAGCACGGGCUACAUUAUGGACGAGCCGCCAAUGUCGCCGGGCCCGUCGAAGCGACGCUCGAUCGGCACCGCGACGAGGAUCGUCGCCGUCUUACUGAUAAUCGCGACGUUCUCGCUGCAACGAGCGGCCUGUCACGAUAACACACCGCCCACGGUGUACCUGAAUCGCAACUGGGUGCUGUCCGAGGACGACCCGGUGGGCAAGAUCGUGGAGCGGGUCCGCGCCGAGGACAACGAGCAGGACGAGCUGAGCUACGGCCUCGAGCCGAGCCAGAUGAAUUAUCAGGGCCUGCUGGAGCAACCGCACAAUCGCAACAACGAUAAACCGCUGCCCUUCGACAUCAACAACACCACCGGCAUCAUCACCCUCAAUCAGACUCUCAAAGGACGAGCUGGUCAGCACAUUUCGCUCUACGUCACAGUGUCGGAUGGACAAUUGACGGCCAAAUCCGAGGUCUUUGUCAAUAUCGAAGGCCCUCGUGGAACGAAUGCGGGACAAAAUACGAGAUCGCCGUUUGCGAAUCAUCCGGCGAACGGGGGCAUAUUUCGGCCGCCUCUGCUGCGACUGCCCACGCUGACGAUACCGCCCUCGCCCAAUGUCGGCCAGAUGAUGGCCCAACCGCCCAUGAGGACGCGUCUGCAGCCGGAGACGAUCAAGACGAGUAUCAUCGAGCAGCAGCACGACCGGUAUCUGCCUCAAAAGCUUCGUCCCCAGAGCAGCAGCAGCAGCAGCAGCAGGGAGAGCUCGGAGCAGGCCAGCGAGCAGCCACCGUUGGCCAAACAGGUGCCGAUCGACGCCGACUCGAAGCCGACGAUACUCGGGGCCAACAAUCAGACGGUGGCCGCGGCGACCGAGGCGCCCGGCUCCAGGACCAUGUCCUACGUGCUGCUGUCCGCCGUGAUACUCGUCAGCGUCGUUCUGCUGCUCGGCGUCGCGCUCUACAAGCGUCACUUGCGAGCCACCAAAGAGCUGAGCAGCGAAAAUUCGAUCAACGUGUACACGGUUCCAAACAAGACCUUCGACUCGCGGGCCACGUUGCAGAACGACAAGUGGGAAUUUCCGCGACACAGGCUAAAGAUACUGCACAUCCUGGGCGAGGGCUGCUUCGGGCAGGUGUGGCGCUGCGAGGCCCAGGGCAUCGAGGGCAGCAACAUCCACGGGCUGCGCUGCGUGGCGGUCAAGACCCUGAAGGAGAACGCGACGGAGCGCGAGCGCCUCGAUCUCGCCCAGGAGCUCAAGGUGAUGAAGGGCCUCGAGCCCCAUCCCAACGUGGUGCGGCUGCUGGGCUGCUGCACGGAGCGCGAUCCCCUCUUCAUCAUCCUCGAGUACGUGAGCGGCGGCAAGCUGCAGAGCUUUCUGCGCGCCUCCAGAGAGGAACGCAACAGCGGCGGCAGUGGAGGAGGAGGCCUGACCUCGCACCAGCUCACCAUGUUCGUGUACCAGGUGGCCAAGGGCAUGGAGUAUCUGGCCUCGAAGGGCAUCAUACAUCGCGACCUGGCGGCGCGCAACGUGCUCAUCGACGAGAAGCACGUCUGCAAGGUGGCCGAUUUCGGGUUCGCGCGCGACGUCGCCGCCAAUCAGAUCUACGAGAGAAAGUCCGAGGGUCGCCUGCCGAUCCGAUGGAUGGCACCCGAGAGCCUCUGGGACAACAUAUUCUCCGUCAAGUCCGACAUCUGGAGCUUCGGCGUUCUCAUCUGGGAGAUCGUGACGCUCGGCUCGACGCCCUAUCCGGGACUCGCCGCGCAAGAGCUGAUGAAACGAGUGAGGGAGGGCUAUCGGCUGGAGAGGCCGGAGCACUGCAAGCGCGAGCUCUACAACAUCAUGUUUUACUGCUGGAACAAGGAUCCCUCGCAGAGGCCCUCGUUCACGGAACUAGUCGCACGUACGGAAGAGCUGCUGCUCGACGAGACGGACUACAUCGAGCUCGACAGAUUCCCCGAUCACUCCUACUACAACGUGCUCAAUCUCAGUGGCGAGAAAUUGUGAACGCGAGGCGCAUAAAAAAAAAAUUGUCCAUCCAGCCCCAUCGAGCUUUUCUCGAAGCGAUUCGAUGGACGAGUUGCGAUCGAUUCCGCGGAUCGGUAAGCUCCGAUGCGAUUUUACAGUAAACUCGACCAAACCGUACGUACACCUAGGCCACUUGGAAAUUAUGCGUGAAAGCUUUGGAAAGAUACGUUUCUUCUGUUUCAUGAUUGUCGCUGCAA